AACGACGAAAAUAAAAUAUUUGUAAAAACUUCUCAAACCAAAGACCACUUCAAUGGGUCUUCUCCUUGUUGCCUUAAACCAAAACGCACCUAAACCUCUAAAAAACCCACAAAUCUCUCUUACGUUAUUUCUUUUCAUCGCCUUUUGAUAAUAAGAAUCAAUGGCGGCCUCGCAUCGCCUGGACCCCCAGUCUGCGGCGGAGAAGGCUGUCUCGGUCAUCGGAUUCGGCUACGAUUUGUGUUCUGAUGUCCGGUUAACUGCAUGCAAACCGGGUCCUUCAGGCUCCAGGUUGAUUGAAAUGGAUCAAACCAGGACUCGAGAUCUUGUUUUUCCUGGUGGGGUUGUUGUUAAAAACGUCUGCAGCUCCAUCAAGUGUGAUAAAGGCGAGCGGACAAGGUUUCGUUCUGAUGUUCUCUCUUUCAAUCAGAUGUCAGAGAAAUUCAAUCGGGAGAUGUCGUUAUCCGGUAAAAUUCCAUCGGGUCAUUUUAAUGCAAUGUUCCUCUUCAAUGGGUGCUGGCAGAAGGAUGCAUCUGCAGCAAAAAGUCUUGCUUUUGAUGGUUGGUUCAUAUCAUUGUAUAAUGUUGAAUUGGCAAGAUCUCAGGUUGUGUUGUCUGAGCAAGUGAAACAAGAAGUGCCUACUUCAUGGGACCCUGCCGCCCUUGCUGAGUUCAUUGAAAAAUAUGGUACUCACAUUGUUGUUGGGGUAAAGAUGGGUGGUAAGGAUGUAGUUCACGUAAAGCAGUUACGGAAUUCAAACCUUUUGCCCCCUGAAGUGCUGAAAUCUUUAAAGCAAUUAGCUGAUGAGAGAUUUUCUGAAGAGGCAAACCCUGCUCAAGUGUCAGGAAACAUGAAGGAUGAAUAUCCAAAUUCUUGGAAUCUCCAGGGACCGUAUGCUACCACUAUUAGGCCACCCAUUGUCAAUCAUUCCAAGAAUAAUGAUAUGAUGAGCAUUCUCAUCCGAAGAGGAGGUGUUGAUCUUAAUCAGAGUCAUAACCAGUGGCUUUCGACCAUAUCACAGUCGCCUAAUGCCAUAUCAAUGUCCUUUGUGCCUGUAACAUCACUUUUGGCUGGUGUCCCAGGCACUGGAUUUCUGACUCAUGCGGUGAAUUUGUAUCUCCGAUAUAAGCCACCGAUCGAGGAACUCCAUCAAUUUCUAGAAUUUCAAUUACCUCGGCAAUGGGCUCCAGUGUAUGGUGAUCUUCCUCUGGGUCUAAGGCGCAGGAAACAAGCAUCCCCAUCCCUUCAGUUUACUUUUAUGGGCCCCAAGCUUUAUGUGAAUACCAUGCAGGUUGAUUCUGGAAAUCGGCCAGUGACAGGAAUCCGCUUGUACUUGGAAGGUAAGAAGAGUGAUCAUCUAGCAAUCCAUCUUCAACAUCUCUCAACUGUUCCCCAGACCCUGCAACUCACAGAUGAUCAUAGUUACGAACCAAUUGAUGAGCCAGCUGAACGAGGCUACUAUGAACCAGUCAAGUGGAGCAUAUUCUCACAUGUGUGCACUGCUCCAGUACAGUACAAUGGUGCCCGCUUUGAUGAUUGUGCCUCAAUUGUGACAAAGGCCUGGUUUGAGGUUAAGGUUAUUGGGAUGAAAAAGGUGCUCUUCCUGAGACUUGGAUUUUCAAUGGUGGCAUCUGCAAAGAUCCGGAGAUCUGAAUGGGAUGGACCCUCAACCAUGUCUCGGAAAUCAGGAGUUUUCUCAAUGUUGAUCAGCCAAAAGUUUAGUACUGGAUUGAGUCAACCUGAGAAGCCACCAGAGAAAGUGGAUUUGAAUUCGGCUGUUUUCCCAGGUGGCCCUCCACAAAAGGCGCCAAAAAUGUCAAAUUUUGUUGAUACAAAGGAAAUGGUCAGGGGUCCUGAGGACCCGCCUGGAUAUUGGGUGGUUACUGGAGCCAAGUUGUGUGUAGAGGAUGGCAGAAUCUCAAUCAAAGGGAAGUUUUCGUUGUUGACCAUAAUGUCAGAGGACUCUAUGCUGUUGAUGUGAGUAGAUUUGAGUAGGGAGCAAAAAAUAUUUAUUUGUUGCUGUAAAUGUUAUCAUGUACAUCACUUCUUUAAUAUCACAUUGGAUAGAUAUCAAUUGGCAUAAGCAAGCCUGGUUUGACAAUGUUGAUAUACACAAAUAUUCAUGAAAUGUA